AUGGCCGAAGCGACCAUGCUGCAGUCCGGCGAGGUGGAGAACCGUGUCUGCCCAUGGGCGUGGAGCGGCGGCAAACGAUACGUUUUGUGCGUGAUGGACGAGCUCGGAGAACGCCGGACCGCCGCCAAGCCGAGCAACACCGCCGCCGUCCCCCGUCCCGGGCAGGAAGGACGCACGCGCGGGGAGGGAAGAUCCCGCCGCCGCCGACACCACCCGGGCCAGAGCCGAGGGCGCCCGCCGGCGGUGGCGGGGAGGGACGAGGCGUGGGGAGAACGAGGGAGCAGGCGCGGUGGUCGCCCCCAGCCGCCCCCCGGGGAGGCGGCGAGAGGGCGGAAAAGGGGAGGGGAGGGAGGAGCGGGGGGAGGGGCGACGGAUCUGGCUUGCGCGCGGCGGGACUCGCCGGAUCCGGCCGGGAUCUGGCGGGGGAGGUGGAGGCGGCGACGAGGGUUAGGAGCGCGUGCCAUGUACCUCACCACCGACAUCCUUGAUCUGUGUCAGCUCAAGGCCAUGGAACAAGGUCCAUCCAAGGACAUGGGGUGCCUUAACCCCUUGUUGUUCUGCAUGCGGAACCCCCUCCACGCCCACGACAUCGGCACCCGCAUCAAGGUGCUCAACCAGCAGCUGGAUGACAUCUGCAAGAGGGGACGUAGUUUCAACUUUAUCAGGCUAGAAGGCUACCAAGAACGGAAGACGAACCACCCUCCUCCUGUUGACCGCAAGACCCAUCCAGUGUUGCAGCUAUCAGGUUUGGUUGGGGAGAAGAUCGAAGAUGAUACAAGAGCCCUUGUCCAGCUCCUCACGAAGGAGGCAAGUGACAAUAGUGAUGGCAUCAUGGUGUUCGCCAUCGUUGGUGUUGGGGGAAUCGGCAAGACCACCCUCAGCAAGAGGGUCUUCAAUGAUGAGGCCAUGCAAGCCAAGUUCUCAAUAAUGAUAUGGUUAAGUAUCACGCAAGAGUUCAGCGAGGUUGAGUUAUUGAGGACAGCUAUCAGUGCCACCGAUGGAAACCUGCCUGGGCCAGGGGGCGGGUCUCAAGAUAAAGCCUUACUUGUGCCGGCUCUUGUCAGCGCCAUCAAGGACAAGAAGUUCUUUCUUGUGUUGGAUGACAUGUGGGGUGUCAAUGAGUGGAGCAGGUUGUUGAUGACACCAUUUAGCCACGGCGCCCCUGGAAGCCGGGUCUUGGCCACCACAAGGCAUGAAGCUGUUGCACGGGGAAUAAGAGCCAUGGAGCCGUACCACCAUGUUGACAAAUUAGGACUCGAUGAUGCUUGGUCAUUGCUCAGGAAGCAGAUUCAUGGAAUGGACAGAAGUGAACCAGCGAUUGUUAUGCUAAAGGAUAUCGGAUUAAAAAUUGUAGAAAAAUGUGAUGGAUUACUGCUUGCUAUAAAAGUAAUGGGAGGACUCCUAUGCCAGAAGGAGAAAGAACGACGUUGUUGGGAACAGGUUCUAAAUGAUGCUAUAUGGUCAGUAUCUGGAAUGCCGGAGGAGCUAAAUAAUGCAAUAUAUCUUAGCUAUGAGGACUUGUCCCCUUGUUUAAAACAAUGCUUCUUGCAUUUUUCACUAAAACCUAAAAGGACAGUAUUACAUGAUAGCGAGUGUGUCGGCAUGUGGAUUGGUGAAGGAAUUGUUCAUGGUGAUUCAGAUAGACUGGAAGAAUUAGGAAUUGAGUACCAUAAGGAGCUAGUACUAAGAAAUCUCAUAGAACCUGUUACAUCAUAUGCUGGUCAACAUGUUUGCAAUAUGCAUGAUGUUGUUUGUUCAUUUGCUCAAUUUGUGUCUAGAAAUGAAGCACAAACAGUUAACAGUGGAGAUUCUAUUAGUAGUAAACUUGGUUUGCAGAGGUUUCUUAGGUUGUCUAUUGAAACCGAUGCAGUGGAAUCAGCUGAAUUUGAUUGGCAAAGUCUACAAGAGCAAAAGUCACUAAGAUCCAUAAUACUAAUCGGGAAUUUCCGUAUUCAGCCUGGUGUUUCAUUGAUUAGCUUUUCAAGUCUACGAACUCUACAUAUGGAGUCUACAGAUUGUGUUACAUUGCUUGUAUCUUUGUAUCAACUGAAACACUUGAGGUACUUGGCUGCAAAAAGAUGCAGCGGUAUAAAUAGCUUGCCACAGGACAUCCACAAGAUAAAAUUCUUGCAGCAUAUUUGUUUUGAGGGUUGUGAGAAUCUUUUGGAACUACCUGAUAGCAUUGUGAAACUACAAGAACUGAGAUUUCUUGACCUUGAUUGCACAUAUGUAACUGGUGUGCCUAGGGGUUUCCGUGCUCUAAAAAAUUUGAGGACAAUAUAUGGGUUCCCGGCUCAAAUGGAUGGUGACUGGUGCAGUUUGGAAGAGCUUGGGCCUCUUUCCUGGCUUAGGUGCAUUAGAAUAGUUGGUCUACAGAAUGUAUCUGCUGGCUCAUUUGCCACAAAGGCCAGGCUUGGUGAAAAGGUGUAUCUUUCCAUGCUGCGCUUAUACUGCAGCAAUAGACUUGGCGAUGACGGACUGAAGAAAGAAAAUGUCUCCGAGAGAGAUCAAAGAGUAAUUGAGGAGUUAUUUGAUGGGCUAUUUCCUCCACCAUGCAUAGAAGAUAUUUGGAUCCAAGGAUAUUAUGGGUGCCAGCUCCCAAGAUGGAUGUUUUCAACAUCAAUGUCACUCCUUGAGAACUUGAAGAUUCUAGUGCUGCGCGACCUGGCUUGCUGCACUCAACUCCCUGAUGGACUGUGUCAGCUCCCUUGUUUCGAGUACCUAGAGGUAUUCCGGGCUGUAGCAAUUAAGCGUGUGGGUCCUGAAUUUGUGAAGGCUUAUAGUCACCAUCAUCAUCCUUCAUCCCGGGUUGUGGUUACUUUUUCAAGACUGCACAAGAUGAUCUUGAAUGGACUGGUGGAAUGGGAGGAGUGGGAGUGGAAGAAGGAAGUGCAGUCUAUGCAGGCCUUGGAGGAACUUGAAAUCGGAAGUUGCAAAUUGAGGUGUAUCCCUCCUGGCCUUGCCUCCCAUGCAAGGGCUUUGAAAAAGUUAACUAUAUGGAGAGUCCAGCAACUCCAGUCUAUAGAGAACUUUUCCUCUUUAGUUGAGCUCGACCUGGCUGACCUACCCGACCUGACUAGGAUCUCCAAUUUCCCCAAGAUGCGAAAACUUGAGAUCUAUUGCUGCCAGAAGCUUGAGUCGCUGCAGGAGAUGGAUGCACUCAAUAGGCUCGUGCUAACAGUUCACUACAGCGACAGCCGGCUCCCAUCAUACCUGCAAACUGUGAAGCUAAGCCAUUUGCUGCUGGACUGCUGGCCGUUCAUACUCCUUUCCAUGGCUUUGGGAGAGUCUAGUUCCGAGUGGGACAAGUUCAGCCAUAUCCAGCACGUCGAGGCUUAUGCAGAUGUUAAUGGCAUUGAAAAGAGCUGGCACCUAUUUUACACAAGGGAUCCCUACAGCAUGGAGACAAACAUUGAUCUGCAGGCGUGGCCAAAUGUUGUUAGGUUUCUACAAUCAGGGGGCGAAGAUGGACUGCCUCGUUUAGCUGACCAGUUACAACGAGCACGAGCUCAAGAAGUGGAGGUUGCAGACACAAUAGAGUAGUAACGCAUGGGACAAGUGAGGAAGGAGGAGUAGCAGAUUAAGGUGGCAACAACACACAUGGAUCUCCCCAGCAUGUGUAUGUAAUGUUAGCCUUCUCCGAUUAUGGGGUAAAGAUGGACUGCCUCGUUUAGCUGCCCUGGUGGAAUCUGCGGGUGAAGAUGAGGAGGAUGAAGACAACCCAGACGAAAUUGAGGAGGAACGAAUGGACCAAGGGAUGAAGGAGGAGUAGCAAAUCAAGGAGGCAACAACAUACAUGGAUCUUCCAAGGAUCUCUAUGCAUGUUAACUUCCUGCUCCUAGCAAAGUACAGUCCAAUGUGCUACUUCUCACAGUCAGGGGCUAGAAAAUAGAAAUGGGGAUCACACGGUUCAAAAGCAUAUAUAAAUGAUAUAUAUUUCGGCUUUUGAUUUUCCGAAAUGUAGAAAACUAAGUACAUGCAUCUCUGCGAUGGUUAAUUUGUGCAUGACGCUAUUUGUGUAGUCACUUUGUUGCCGCGGAACA